GUCGCUCGCCUGGAUUGUGAUUGCGUUUCUCCGCGAGGAGCUGCAGGCAGUGAGGUCACAUCCUCGCGAUGCAUCUGCCAGCGAGUCAGAGAGCGAUUACUAGUCCAUAACUCCGGCUCAAAUCUGCGACAUACGCGCCAGCCUUUCAGGACUACGGCGUAGUGGCAUAUAAACGCGUUGAUUUUAGAUUCUGUGCGCAGGUUCUUCCAGUCUUUGGUGGCUAUGGAAUGCGGUUUCACUUAAAUAGCUCCCGCUCUUCUUGGUGGGCUCGUGCAUUUUAUCUCGGCUCGUUGUGUUGGAUCUAUCCGUUUAGUGUGUGAAACCGAGCGCGAUGUGGACCAGGAACGAUUUUGAGGACGGAUUCGACGCUUAUAAAUUAGGUUCGAGCACGUCCUCUCCUGGAUGGGUCCCAGGCUGCGACUCGGCAUGGCAAGCUUCCUCUUCUGCCACUGGAAUUAGCAGCCGCGGGCGACGUCACAGCGCUGCCUCAGACAGUGGUGAUACCGGCAUCGGAACCUCGUGUUCGGACAGCGUAGAAGACCACUCCAGCGGCACAUUGUCCUUCCAGCCUCUGCGCUCACAAGGUCCCAUCCCCACGGCCCACGUCAUGCCAUCUCCGUCCAGCUCCAAACUCAGUGUGCCCUCGGCCCCCACCAGCCCCUGGAGCAGCUGCCAGCUCCCUUCUCCCCUCGACAGCCCCCUGGACAUGAAAGACCCUCGGCCAGUGCGCCGCUGGUCCUCCCUCACCCGUCUUACCAGCCAGGAAAAGUCCACCCCUCCCACGAGACCCUCGUACCGCAUGGAUCCGCAUGGAUCCCUGGAUCGAGGUGUGCUCUACGGCUACAGACAGGACCCUGUUUAUUCAGACGGCUUUCUCUCUGAGAGCCUGCACAAACUUUCCACCAGCUCUGACUUUACUAAGUAUGACCUGGGCAGCAGUAACACCCUGGGUAAAACGAACUCGUCUUGCUCCUCUCCGCUCAAGCCCAGCACAUUAGACCUCUCCUAUAGUGCCUUACCAGAGAGCAAGACGCCGACGAUGGGCCAGGCGGUGCCCGGGCAGAGAGGUCCCACACUCAGGCACCAGGCCGUGGGAGGGUCGCCCAUCCAGCCAGCCGUAAGGACUCAGAUGUGGCUGAGCGAGCAGAUGGAGUACCGGCCGGGACCGGAGGGAUGUGGCUCGUGGCAGCAGGAACAGCAGCAGCGAGAGCGAACACGACAGGAAGGAGAACUCCCCCAGAUGCUGGGUGGAACGUCUCUCCCUGUCAAUACCUUGGUAAAGAUUAAGGAGGGACUCCUGAGGCAGAGAGAACUGGAGAUUGACCGGCAAAAGCAGCAAAUCCUCCAACUUCAUGCAAGGAUCAGGGAAAAUGAGUUAAGGGCGCAACAAGUCCUCCAAAACAACAGGGGGCGCUAUGAUGACUCAUAUCUGCUCAAAGCUAAGGACUCUCCGUAUGACAGUCCGGUAUCCAGCCUGAGUCCGAAGUCCACGCUGCCAGAGCGCGUGAGUCCCCUGUGCUGUGAGAACGGAGAGCUGGGCCGGAAACUAGCUGCGGCAGAGCUGGAGGUCAUCCACCUCAGCGAAUUUCUCAAACAAAACACACAGAAAUUCACUGAAGAUAUCAAGAAACUGGAGGAGAAAAUGAAAACACGUGACCGCUACAUCAGCAGUCUGAAGAAGAAGUGCCAGCGUGAACAGGAACAGAAUCAGGAGAAGCAGCAGCGCAUCGAGACGCUGGAGAAGUACCUGGCAGACCUGCCCUCGCUGGACGAGGUCCAGACGCAGGCUCAGCAGUUGCAGGAAGUGCAGAGGAAGAAGCAGGCUUUGGAGGAUACCGUCGCCCAGCUGGAGAAAACCCUGGAGGAAAACCGAACCCUGCUGCGGGAGAAAGAUGCCCUCAUUGAGACCCAAUCCAAGCGGGAGAUAGAGCUCAUGGCUGCUGUUCAAAGCCUACAAGAGAAAGUGGAGAAGUGCUUGGAGGAUGGAGUACGGCUGCCCAUGCUGGACCUGAAGCAGCUGGAGAGGGAAAACACUGGCCUGCUAGAACAACAGAGCCAAAACAGCCUGCUGAUCGGCAAUCAGAAGCAGCAGAUUGACAAACUCACUCUAGAGAUGUCGACCCUGGAAAAGAAGUUGCAGAGGGAGAGGGGAAUCACGCAGGAACUUCGCAAGCAGCUCUUGGAAUGUGAGGAGGAACUUGAAACCCUCUCCAAAACUCUUCAGCAGAACCAAAGGCAGGCAGACGAGGAGACGCUGAAUGUGAGCCCCGGGCCCCUGUUGAAGGAGAUGUCCCUGUGUCUGCUGGAUCUGAAGGGCCUGUGCAGUGUCCUCACACAGAGAGCUCAAGGCAAAGAGCCCAACCUGGCCCUGCUGCUUGGCAUCAAAUCUAUGAGCUCCUCGGCGGAGGAGAGCGAGAAGCCGCCGAUGGAGGACGGCUUGCGGGCCAAGCUGGUGGAGGUGUGCCAGCUGAGGAAAGACAUUGACGAGCUGAGGACGCUCAUCUCAGACCGUUACGCACAGGACAUGGGUGAAAACUGUGUGACGCAAUGAGGCUUAUAUUUCUGGCUCGUCAGGACAGACGGCGCUCUCUCAGAGCUCUUAAAGGGAAAAUAAAGUCAACCUGAUGCAAACAAACAAGGUCUUUCUGACUACUAACGGUUUGACCAAGCUGUGAAUCCAGUUUACAAGGACGUCUUUACAACAAGUUUCUUGUUUUAUUUUUCUUGUGGUUGUUGAAUUUAAGGCGUUUGAAUGUUUUCAUGUAUUUAUUGAGACUGUUUGAGGUUGAGUUCCUCACACUGUUCCUGUCAGUCGUCUUUGAGCAAGUGGUGUCCUAAAGUGCCUUGUGUUCCUCUUUGUGUACCUCCAAACUUCAUGGAUGUCAGUGAUUUUUUUCUUUUACCCAAAGAAGCUUGUCCUUUCUUUACCCAACAGCUACAGGUCGCAGGUCGACGUUCAGGACUCUACACAUCAAUAAAAUAAAAAAAACAGGACAAACAGCAGCAUUUGAAAGGUCCUUCAUCUCCAACAUCCUGCACCUCAUCUGAGUUUUUGGUUUGUUGUCUUUUAGUAUAUUUGAGCUUCCAAAGAAGCUAGCAAUGUUCCAUUUCAGAAUAAAUGACAGCAGAGGAAUCCAGGUGAAUCUAUUCAGGACACCGAUUAACUAUUUUUAAUUAGAAUAAAAUAUGAGCUGCUUUUCUAAUGCUGCGGCACAGUUCAGUUCAGAGCAAGUUGCACAGGUUGAGUUCCAAAGGCAGACAGGAAACGGAAUGUUCUGCACCUUCGGUUACUUCCUAACACGCUCAUGACAUUUUAUAUACUCCAGAUAAUGCAUAUAAUGCAAAACUUGUGCACUCAGGUAUUUUAAGAAUUUCUUUUAUUCGUUGUUCUUGAUCUGAAUGGUUUCAGCAAGUUCAUUUUGACCCCAAGCUAAAUUUUUUAUAGUUGAUCAUAUAAAGUCGAGCGAUGCAGUCAUGUCAAGCAUACAUAUUUGCUCCAAGGUGACGAAUGUUUAAGAUAUUUACAGUACAAGCGUCUAUAUAGUGCUUAUUUAUCGUGACUGUACUCCCAUUGUAUUUAAAGUAUAUUAAGCAUGUUUUGCAUUUAAAAUGGAGGUUUUGUCAUUAUGUGCUCAUAAUACCUUGUGCACGUGCUUAGGUUUAGAAUUUAUUUUUAUUUAAAGAAGGGAAUAGAUUAAGGUAAAUAAUUAGACUUAUAUUGCACUAUGCAACCUUCUCACGUUAACCAGCAUUUAUCAGCAGAUAUGUAAUAUUAUUCUGUGCCUUUACAAAUCUAUGCAGCAGAUCCACAGACUGAAAUCGAAGGGUAUUUUCCAUAAUUGGCAGAGACAUGGUUUAUUUCAUAAAGGUGCAGAUGAGCUAAGCCAUAUUCACAAGCAAUGCAUAUUAAUUCUCAGGCAGAGAGCUGCUCAUAACCUGAUGGAGAAUGUAUGUGGAGCUGUACAGUGUGAUCGCUGCUAGCAUGACGACUUGUGUAUAUAUAUGAAUAGAAAAGAAACGUGCACUGACUGACAUGACCCACUCACUGCGCACUGAAAGCCACUGGUUGGUUUGAAUUUCUCAUCAGUCUUUGAAUUCUUAAGCUUUUCAUUUUCCAGCUAGAUUUUACAAAUGCCAAAGGUCUAUUUAUGUACAAAGUAUUAACUAUUUUUCCAUUUUGUAAACUGCUUUUCAUUUGUACAAAUGUCAAAUAAAGUAUUUUUCUACA